CUUCGUCAAUCGCGCUUCGCAGCAAAAGCAGAUGCGAAGGAAGGCGUGCUGUGGGAUGGAUGCAACGAAUGCCCGCGCGUGGGCUUGAGCUCCUCCGCCCACGGCCUUCUGACGUCUCCCAUCCCAUAAAAAGCUCCCUCUCCGCCCUGCUCCUGCUCCACCACAUCUGCCAUCUGCAUCCCGCCGCCACCGCGUUCCUGCAACCCCACCAUCUCUCCGAAUCGUGCACAGCUGCCGCAAUGGGUGUCGAAAAGAAGGUCAUCAACCCCGGCAACGGCGUCGACUUGCCCCAGAAGGGUGACGACGUCACCAUGGAGUACACGGGGUACCUCUACGACAGUGCCCAGGCCGCCAACGACUUCAAGGGCAAGAAGUUUGACUCUUCCGUCGGACGUGGUGACUUUGUCACCAAGAUUGGCCAGGGUCGCGUCAUCAAAGGCUGGGAUGAGGGCAUUCUGGGAACCUCAAGCCAGGAGGGCAUGUCGUUAGGCGAGAAGGCCACUCUGACCAUCUCGAGUGACUUCGGAUACGGUAGCCGUGGUUUUCCCGGUCAUAUUCCUCCCAACGCGAGCUUGGUGUUUGACGUCGAGCUUAAGGCCAUCAACGGAAAGACCGCUUAAGCAACUCGCAAUCCAUCAAACAGCCUAAAACCCGGGGAAAAUCUGGCAUGUUAUUGUGUGAUAAUUACGUGGCACCAACUCUGGAGAUUCCUGUCCACUGUGGGGCUGUCUGUAUUAAAAGUCAACUCGUUUGCUACACUCCCUUAGAAAUCACAUUUGGUGUCUGCAAAAUGCGGACAUUUAUCAGCUU